AUGAGCAGCUGUCAAUUUCAGUUGUUUCCACCCCCCGCCCCCCAGGGGGUUCCCAAGAAUCCUUUUCGGCGAGGCCCCAGACAACCCUCGAUUGACAUUCAGUCAACAUCUGCAAGUCCGCUUGAAGAUCUCAGCGGAAAAGAGUCGGAGGCGAAGGCAGUGGUAUUCCAAGUUGUCGAACCGCGUAGCAUCAAGACAAUGCCGGAAGCACACGUUCCUCCUCUACCACCGCGCUCCGCCACGCCAAAGUUGAGGCACCCCCCCUCAACCGAAUCACUAUAUAGUUCGAGCCCGCAAGAGACGAGAGGGAAAUCGCUUGCAAAUGGAGUGAAUUCGCCAUCGCCACCUCCUUCAGUGGAUCACUACGAUGAACUAGAUCUCAGACUUGCUACGAGCCCUCCGCAGCCCUCAGUCUCGCCAGUCAUCCCCAUCAUGUCGAUGUUUCCUCAGUUCAACCCUGAUGCGCCACUCAACCAGCAACAGUACAACGACAGAAUUUCGAACAACUUUUCACGGCCCCGUCCUAGACCUGCUGGACUCAAGCUUAAUAUUACUCCGGCUCCGGAGAUUGACCGAGUACUUGGGCCCAAGACGGUGCCAGCUGACGUCCACAAUUUCCCGCCGAGCAUGCAUUCUCCAGUCGAGAUCCAAUACUCGUCCCUUGAGCAACUCAAGACACUCUGGGAGGCUGCAAAUGGGCAAAGAGCCGAUAAUCUUCUGAAGGCUUACACUCUUCGAAUGGAACGCAUCGAUCCCGCAACAUUCGUCUUUGGCGACCCGAAGUCACCAUUUUAUACCAUGCAAACAUACUCUACAAACGAAAUCUCCAUGACAAGGGGAAAUCCCUCCAUCUCUAACAGCAACAUUCCCAUUAUGAUGUUGCAGCUCGAGGACCGGCGUCGCCGUGAACCCCCAAAUGACGGACUCGUCUCGCACCUCUUUUCAAGGCUCGCCGCCAUGCUUGCAAUUGACCAGGCAACCGAGCUGUCCAGACAACAUCAAUUAGCUCCUCCCGACGCUGCUGAGGUUGAAGCCAAUGCGCUCAAGCGUGCAGCUGCAUUAGAAUCGUGCAAGCUCUCGUGGAACGCAAUAAAACGUAUAUAUGAGCUACGACACCCGUCGUUGCAACAGAACAUUGGCGCCUUACAUAUCAGCGUCUCGACGCCCACAACUACAAACACGGGUGAUAGGCAAAUCCAAAGCCGAGAACUAGGGCAGUCUCGAGCGCCAACGAUCCUCGUCACAGUCCCUCUUCCUAAGAACUCAGUCGAUGUAGCUGCAGUGGCAUCACCACGCACAUCUACUCUUCCGCUGUCAGGAUCCGAAUCAGAAUCAGACGAGCCUCUCGCCUCUCUCGACCUACGCACAAUGACGCUCUCAGUCUCUGCUGUCACUAUAAACAAUACCAUUCCCUCUCUAUACGCCAUUGACUCUGUUGUUGCGGCUAUACUCGCCGUAGCGGUUUCGGAUGUCUCUACCAAUCCAGUGCUAGCUGAUAUGGCUUUCUACAAUCUCGCGAGGGCACAGAAAGAGACAGAGAUGCAACCACCGCAACCACCGCAACCUGCACAUACCAAUAGGCCCAGACUUUUCGCAACGCUCGCCGAGCGUGACGAUACUGAUAACGAUAAUAAUGAUACCCCCUCUGUCCCCCUUCCUCCUCGGAGCCAAACUCUACUACAAACUCCACCGAGAUCCAGAAUCCACCGCAAAUGGUUUCCCUCCUUAUCCUCCCUCCGUUCAAGUAUUGCCAUUUCCCGCCGUCGAAGAGCAAAAGCCAAAGCAGAUUCGCUCACCCCGGCCGCCGAGGAAAUCGAUUUAGAGAAGUAUGGGAUCAACACGUCCUCAUCGAUGUCAAUGAAAAAGGAGACUACGAAGGGAAGGAAGGGCACAGAAGAAGAACUACCAGGCCUAGCGCGAGGCAUACUCAGGCUGAUGUCUUGGGGCUUCAAGCUCAUGUUCUGGGGGGUAAAGGUGGCACUUAAUAUUUUAGGGUGGAUGUUGGGGUUUGUGAUUAGGCGUGUUACGGGCGCCUAA